AUGGGGAUCGGAGGCAGCUUGAGGAAAGCCGCCGUGCUGAUCGGAGUACUGAUGGUUUUGAAGGUGCAAGCUAUUCCAGCACCAACAAGUGACGAAGCAGAUGCAGGUGAACUGAGAGACGACAUACCAGAGAUCAACAGAGAGCUGGGACACUUGUUCCAAGGAGACAUUGCUGGUGAUCACAGCAGAAAUGCAAUCUUAGAUGAAACGAGGAGAUGGCAGUUUCCCAUCCCCUACAUCUUAACGGACUCACUAGACCUGAACGCCAAGGGGGUGAUUCUCCAGGCUUUCGAGGAGUACCGCUUGAGAUCCUGCGUGGAUUUCAAACCCUACGAGGGAGAGAGCACCUACAUCACCUUCAAGAAGCUGUCAGGAUGCUGGUCGUAUGUCGGAGAUGAUAAAACGGGACAGGAACUGUCCAUCGGGGCCGGAUGUGACACCAAGGCCGUGGUGGAGCACGAGCUCCUCCACGCUCUGGGCUUCUACCACGAGCAGUCCCGCUCAGACAGGGACGACUACGUCCAAAUCUGGUGGGAUCAGAUUGAAGAAGGGAAGGAACACAAUUUCAACAAGUACGAGGACAACUUCAUCACUGACUUGAACACACCGUACGACUACGAGUCCGUCAUGCACUACAGACCGUUUUCCUUCAACAAGAACGACAGCAUCCCCACCAUCACCACCACCAUUCCCUACUUCAACGAGGUGAUCGGCCAGAGGUUCGACUUCAGUGAAGUGGAUAUCACCAGGCUCAACCGCAUGUACAGCUGUGCCAACACACAUACUCUGCUGGACCAGUGUUCGUUCGAGCUGAUCAACAUCUGCGGGAUGAUCCAGAACGACGGCGACGCCGCCGACUGGGUUCAGACUCUGAGCCGUGCAGGCGAUGAAGAUCACACGCUGGUCGGACUCUGCAGAGAUUCUGGCUAUUUCAUGAAGUUCGAUACGUCUUCCGGGCCAGUUGGCAGAAGCGCCAUCCUGGAGUCCCGGAUCCUCUACCCCACCAGAGAGGAGCAGUGCCUGCAGUUCUUCUAUAAGAUGAGCGGAGCAGCCGGGGACAAACUGGUGAUAUGGGUCAGGACUGACGACGGCACAGGGACGGUUCGGAGUACCCGCAAGAUCCACACCAUUACAGGCGACGGAGACGAUGCCUGGAAAAUUGCCCACGUGAGUCUUAAAGUCACAGAGAAGUUCCGAUACUUCUUCCAGGGCAUCAGAGGGUCUUCCAGCUCCUCGGGGGCAAUCCUGAUUGACGACAUCACCCUCACCGAGACUGUUUGCCCCAGCGCAGUUUGGCAAAUCCACAACUUCAGUGAUGUCCUCGCCAAGACUGCUCUUGGCACGGCAAUAAAGAGCAGAUGUUUCCAGAACUCUGAAGGCUACUCAUUCGGUAUCAGCAUUUAUCCAAAUGGACGAAGUGCCGAGUACCCCGACUACGUUGGUGUGACUUUUCACCUUUGCAGCGGGGAAGACGAUGCGGUGCUGGAGUGGCCCGUACAAAACAGACAGGCAACGUUUGUUGUUAUGGACCAAGUUCCAGAUGUUAAAAAUAGAAUGUCUUCUACAAGAACUUUCACUACAGACUCUCAUUCCCGCUGGAACAAACCAACAGCGGCAUCGGGAGCAGUGUUCGAUGAAGCCUGUAAAUGUUACCGCAGUAGAGACUACGGCUGGAGCACCUUCAUCUCUCAUCAGCAACUCCAGAGAAGGAGCUUCCUCAAGAACAACGACCUGAUUAUCACAGCUGACUUCAAUGAUCUGACACAUUUGAUUGAGACUGAGGUCCCAGUCAUCCCAGCCACACCAGCUGCAACAGGGAGUGAAACAGGGAGUGAAAUCUCACUCGAGGAAGCAGUGGAUGAACAGGAAGUGAGAGUGGAGGCCCCGAAACACAGGGAAGCACGGUCUGUCAACCCCUGCCAUGCGAACCUGUGUCUGAACGGCGGCGUGUGUGUGGAGAUCGAGGGGAAAGCCUACUGCAGAUGUGCGACGAGCCAGGCCACCUUCUACGCCGGUCCCAGGUGUGAAAUCCAGAUGAUAGACCGCAGCGUCCUUGGAGCGCUGGUCGGCGGCGCUGUAGGGAUGGUCGUCCUGACUCUGGCCAUCUUCAGUGUUAUCAGGAGAGCUCAAUGA